AUGGUCUACCCCCGCGCAACUUUGGUUCCACAAUCUCCUCCUCCAGAGGUCUUGGUCCCCGCGCUAGCCCCAAAGGUCAACACAUGGGCUAAACCACUGAUGGUACAACGGCCGAUUCCAUCCAGAACCCAACCCCCCCAUCCAGCAACUCCCGCGCCUUCGUCGCAAACUGGACACCAGAGCGGCAUAGACAGCGAUAUCUCCCUUGUCUGCGACCUCACAGAGGUCUGGAUGGAU